AUGAAAUUGUUGGUUGCCUUAGAGGACACAGGCUCAAUAAAAGAGGUUGAAUGUUUACGAGGCACAGAUACAUCAGUUCAAACCGCAAAACAACCCAUAAGUAUCGUCAAUCAUGCCGCUGAGUCCAGAGCUACUCACAUCCUGAAAUUCCUUGUCACAUCUGACUCCAAGUACGUGGUGGCAGCCAGAAAAGGAGGUGCUAUCGUUAUCUAUGAAAGAGACACAUUUGAGGAAGUCAAGAGGUAUACUAAUAUGACAGCCAAUGAGUCUUCAGCUUUUGUAUCUUUGAUACAAGAUUCUACUAGUCUUAUCUAUGCAUGUUGUGAGAACGGAGUGGUUUCUGUGAUAGAUUUGGAAAACUUGAACCGUGAGGAUAAUGACACACAGCACCCAAUAAAGUUAGAAUUGGUAGCUCCGGUUAGUUGCUUCGUGCUCAACCCUAAUCAAAAGGGUAUAUUUGCAUAUGGUGGCAAAGAUAAUGAAGUCAAGGUGAUUUCUAUCACCAAUGGCAAGUUAGAACAGCUAUGGGAAUCGAAAAACGUUCCCCUUGACCAACUACGUCUUCCUGUGCCCGUAUGGGUUUCAGGAAUAAACUUUUUGGAUACUGAUUCCGUUAAAGGACAGAGUGGCUAUCAUCUAUUGGUUGUUACCAGAUACGGACACAUAAGAAUGUACAAGACUUGGCUGAAACGAAGACCAGUGAAAACCUUCCAGCCUACUACCAAGCCCCUGAGAACUAUCACUCACACUUCGACAAACUCGAAUGCAGUAUCCUCAGAUUCUGCUGGUUUAGUUGGCAAGUUUUCCCUUAAGGAUGGAAAAAUGGUGGGAAAGUUCCAUGGUUCAGUGGGUUUUGUUAGGGCAUUAUACAAUUAUAGAUACUCUGUAAUUGCAACGGGUGGUCUCGAUAGAUACGUUAGAGUCUAUGACUUGGACACAUGCAGAAUAUUGGCCAAAGUUUUUGUCACCUCCCAAAUAACAGAUAUAGUUAUGUUGGAAGAUGGUGAGAAACUAAUGGAAGAAAAAAUGAUAAGGAAGGAAAAAGAGAAGGAGCAGGCAGUUAAAGAAGCUGAAGCUUUAUGGGAAGAGCUGGAAAAAAACUCUUCCACUCGAAAAAAGAAGAAGUUGUAG